AUGAGUCAGGUGGAGAACUCCAGAAAGAGGCUGGUUGGAGAUUCCUCGGAAGCUUCUGGAGUAGCUAAGAAACUUAAACCAUUACAUAAAUUGAGUGAAAGUGGUCCUUUAACUCAAGGUGAUGUUGUUUAUUUCCAAAAGGAAGCCAUUUGGCGUCAAAUGAUUACAUAUAAAGAAAAAUCACGUCUCUUAUCUGAAGAUGUAAGGAUAUUCAAACAAAAGUAUGAAGAUAAUGAAUCAAAGAUAAGAUUACUUUCUUUAUGGUAUGAACAAAUAGUUGAAUUAUUCCGAGUCAAAUUCCCUAAUGUAAAGGAUAAUAAAACUAUUGAUACUGCAUUAUUAAUUAAACCGGAUGAAAAAUUCGAUGAAUUACUUGAAGAAAAGAGAAUACAUCUACUUGAAGUUAUAACUCCAUUAUUAGAGAAUGAUUCCUCAUCAAGUUCAAAUUCGGCAUUACCUGAAGAAUAUAAAGAAUUAAAUUCAAAAUUAAAGCUUGCUAAAGCUAAUUCAGAAGCUUUGGCCAAUGUAAAGAAUGAAUUAGAAUUAAGAUUAGAUGAUUUACAACAACAAUUGUUGGAUAUAGUUAAACAGAAGGAAAGACAACAUUCUAAGACACUUAAACGUGUUGAUGAUAGUUUACAGAGUGAUGAUAAAGACGAGAUUAAACAAGAAAAGGAUCAGAAUGAAUUGCAAACAUCUAAUGGAGUUAAAGAAGAAUUACCUAAUGGGAAUCAAGAAAAUGGAAGUACUAAUAAUCAACAUCAAAAAGAUAAUGUAGAAGAACUUGAAACUUUAAAGAUUGAAGUUGAAGAAUUAAGAAGUUCUAAUGAAAUAAUAAGUAAACAAAUCACGGAAAUUACUGAAAAAUAUAAUAAGUCACAACAAGAAAUCAUACAGUUGGAUAAUAAAUUACAUCAUUUAGAGGAAAGUGAUUUAAUAGAUAAUGUUCAUUAUAAGAGAAUUAUUAAGAAUAAUCAAAGUUUACAAGAUCAAAUUGUUAAUCUUAAUAAGAUCAAUAGUUCAAAUAUAACUAAAUUAAAUGAAUUAGAGUCACAACAGAAUAAUAUUAAAGAAGUAAUUUCAAAAGAGAUAGUUGAAGAGAAUGAGAAAUUAAAAGAUCAAUUAAAUAAAAGUGAAAGUGACUUAGUUCGUAUUAGAACUGGACGUGAUGAAUUACUUGCAAAGCAAGCUAUUUUAAAGAGUCAAAUUGAAAGUCAACCUGCAAGUAAAGAACUUGUUAAUCUUAAUCAAGUUUUGAGUCAAAGAAUAGAGCAAUUACAAAGAGAAAAAUUAGAUAAGGUUACAAAUGAAGAUAAAAAAUUGAAUGAAUUAAGUAAAGAAGAUUUAAUUUCAAGAAUUGAAGAAUUAAGUAAUGAAAUUAAAGAAAUUGAAUUAGCAUUUAAAGAAACAAGAGAAAUUUCAUUGAAGAAGCUUGGAUCGAACAUUGAUCAAGAGAAUUUAGUUAGAAAAUUAACUAUUGAAAAGACUAAAGCUGAUCAAAAAUAUUUUGCAUCAAUGAGAGCUAAAGAUUCACUAAGUGCUGAAAAUAAAGUUAUGAAAGCUCAAAUCAAUAAAACUCAAGAUUUAGUUAAAAACUUGAAUGAUUUGGAAAAGAAUUAUUUAACUAAGAUAGAUUUAUUAACCAAAUCUUUAAGUGAUUAUAAAUUAAUUAAAGAGAAUUCUCUUGGAGAGAAUACUAAAUUACAAGAGAAUGUUAAAUCAUUAAAGAAUUCUAAAGAAUCAUUACAAAAGGAAGUUGAAAGACUUAGUAAAUCAAUUGAAGAAAAAGUUUCUGAAAUUAAUAAUUUAACCAGUGAAAAUAAUCAAUAUAAAGUUAAGGUUAAUAAACUUGAAAAGAAUCUUAAAGGAACUGAUUCAUUAUUACAAAAGUAUAAACAAAAUAAUACUUCAUUAAUUUUACAAGAAGAUGAACAACAAUUAGAAGCUCUUCGAUCAAUUGCUAAAUGUUCUUUAUGUUCUAAGAAUUGGAAAGAUACUGCCAUAACUGUUUGUGGUCAUGUAUUUUGUCAUAAUUGUACUCAAGAAAGAUUGGCUGCUAGAUUAAGACGUUGUCCAUCAUGUAAUAAGGGGUUUUCAGUUAAUGAUUUAUUAUCAGUUCACUUAUAG